UUUACCAAGGCCUUCCUGCUGAUGUUGAUGGGAUUGGCGGAUUACUUCUUGCAUCGUGAACAGAAACACCAGGAGUCAGCACGCGCUGUGGCGCAUGAACACACCGGCGCUUAACUGCAGCAGCUCGGAGAUGCUGCACAGCAGCGCGCGCGGCUCCACUUAUUAACGCGUUUGACGGGACAGGAACUGUGUCUCCAGCCAUCCAAGAGAGUAUUUAUAACAAGAAUGUGAGCUGUUAUAAGUGAUGGAAGUCUAACAUCUCUUCUUCGUUAUUCGAUGUUGGAAGUGAGUGAUGGUGCGCUCGUGCUGAGGAGUGACGUUUUUUGGGAGGAAAGCGCACCAUAUAAGUACAUCAGAUUCCCUCUUUAUCAACUUUAUUCACCAUAAACACAGCUUCCACUGCAGCCCCUGCACUCGUAUGGCCUGAUGCCAUCAUGCCUAUCAUCAGCAAUGCGAAUGACUUUAGCAAUUUCUCCAUCAGCACAGAUGACAGCAGCCUUGACCGUUUUUUUACCGAGAUCCCUGAGACUGAGACCGUUAAAGGAGUGUACUUUCAGCGAGCCCAGCUACUACGUGACCCCUCUGCAAUCGAAAAUGUCGACCACAGCAAACUGGCCAUCGUGAAUGUUGGUGGGGAUCGUUACACUUUUGCCUGGAGCACGUUGGAUGACUUCCCACUCUCCCGUUUGGGCAAGCUACGUCACUGCAGCAGUCCCGAAGACAUCGCCCGGCUGUGUGACGACUACGACGAGGUGAGCCAUGAGUUCUUCUUCGAUCGCAGUGCCACUGCCUUCCGCGUCAUCCUCAACUUCCUGGCGGCAGGCAAGCUGAGACUGCUAAGGCAGGCGUGUGCGGUUUUUCUCUCAGACGAGCUUGCUUACUGGGGUAUCGAGUCCACUGGGAUGGAGCGCUGCUGCAGACGUGCUAUGAUCACCUCCGUGGAGGAGGUGGCUGAGAAGAAGCGGAAAGAGGAGGCUAGGAGGCAGAAGAGGCUGAUGAAACAACCAACACGAGAGAAGGAGGAAGGGUGCCGUGGCGUCUUGAGCCGCCUCAGGGACAUGGUGGAUAACCCGCACUCUGGCUGGCUGGGAAAGAGCUUUGCCUGCGUCUCGGUGGCUAUGAUUGCUGUGACCGUGGUCAGCUUGUGCAUCAGCACCAUGCCUGAUCUCAGAGAGGAAGAGAGCCGAGGUGAAUGUUCGCAGAGUUGUCAACAGAUCUUCAUCGUGGAGACCGUGUGCGUGGUCUGGUUUACCCUCGAGCUCACGCUACGCUUCCUGCAGGCCCGUAACAAGCUAGAAUUUGCACGUGGGCCACUCAACAUCAUUGAUGCCGUGGCCAUUCUGCCGUACUACAUUUCCCUGCUGGUGGAUGAGAGAGAUCUGAGACUGAGAGAUCAUACAAAUGUUGGUGGAGGGUAUUUGGAUAAGCUGGGUCUGAUUCUGAGGCUCAUGCGUGCCCUGCGCAUCCUGUACGUCAUGCGGCUGGCGAGGCACUCGCUGGGUUUGCAGACUCUCGGUCUGACGGUGCAGAGGAGCAUGCAUGAUUUCGGUCUUCUUCUACUUUUUGUGUGCGUGGCUGUCACAUUGUUCUCGCCUAUCAUACACUUGGCUGAGAGCGAGCGCCACGGCUUCAGCAGCGUCCCUGCCUGCUAUUGGUGGGCUAUCAUCUCUAUGACCACGGUGGGUUACGGUGACAUGGUCCCACGUACCAUCCCUGGCCAGGUGGUGGCCUUCAGCAGCAUCCUGAGCGGCAUCCUCAUCAUGGCCUUCCCAGCUACAUCGAUUUUCCACGUGUUCUCACGCUCCUACCGUGAGCUGAGACAGGAAAAUGAAAUGAUACGCAAAGAUGAAAGAGUGGCCUUAUUGGCCACGGAGGACGUCUGGAUAGAAUCAGAGAGGAACUCCUACUGUUGGACGCAUGAAUAUCCCAACAAACUCCAUGAGGGUGAGAAUGUGGAUAGGUCUAAAAAACCUGUUUUAUUACCCACAGCGUGCUCGGACUUGCUCGGAUCAUAAAUGCUGAAACUAGUGAGAAUGGGGUUAGCACUAGCACUUGUUAUGGUGUUCCUGGUGAGUGAAUAUUUGCCCACCAAAAACAGGAGACUCAGGGGAGGAGUUUUGGCUUUAAACAUGUCGUUUUUUUGUUUGUUCUUGGCCUCAUUUGCAUAUCAUGACUUCUUAAUGUUAUGUAAUGUAAUGCUUAUCUCCUUAUAUGUCUAAAAUAUUCUGACUGCACGUUUCAGAAAGAACUACUGCAACAAUGUCAUUGAAUAUUGGUAGACUGGUAAGAGUAACACAACAACUGCGAUUUAGGAUUAGACCAUGCAUUCUGCUUUUGGUUUAUCACGGACAUAAUCUUCUUGAACUGAAUUAACCUGAAUUGUACCUUGGGCAUGUAUAGGUUUAAUUUUCUACAACAUCUGUCACAAAGAAUCAUUGCUCUCUGGCUUUCAGGGAGGAUAAAAAAAAAAUCACAUAUUUUGCACAUGAUUCCCAUUCAUUUCUAAAUAUACCCUGCCUUUUAAUUUAAAUCUGCUACGAUUCAUCUACAGAUGUCUUCUAGAUAAGAUUAUUAUCACAAAUUAUCAUCGUAAUUGUUAUGACUAUAUCAUCCCUUGAUGUUAUUCUUCCACUGGGCAUUGUAUAGCUAUCUAAUUACAUAAGUAAUGCUUUUGCACAAUACUCUCUUGAGGAGUUGCCCUUCAUGCGUAAGUUAAUUCCUGUGCUGGAUAAGUACUGGCAAAUAAAAGGGACUCUUAUUCUGCUUAUGUUUUACUUUAACGCUCAUCCACCACCUUCCAGAUUUAUUUAAUGAACAGUGAGUUCCAGGUUUGAUGCAUUGAUUUAACAGCAGAAAUAAAAGGAAAACAAAAAUCAAUAAAAGACAAACGAAGAGAGAUUUCGGUUUCAUGCGGUUUAUGUCAUACUACACUAUCAGAUAUUAUUUCAAAAUGAAGUAAUCUGAGAUGAAGCCUCAAUGAAGUAUAUUUAAAAACAAUAAACUGUGACAUCGGUUUCAUGGAAGAACAUGGAUCCUUUGGUGCUAUCUGCUUG